AAGGGGACGAGAGGUCAGCGGGCAUCGCUGCGCUGGCGGCUGCGCGGCCCGCACUGUGCCUGCCCUCCUCCCCGGCCGCGAGUGUAUUUGCCCGCAUAACCGCGUGUGAUGCACGGCAACGUCCCCGGGCCGAGCGCCUCACCCCAGAGCUCGGGUUGGGCCGAAGGAAGGUGAACUGAUAGCGGUCUGACCGAUGCCGUGCUGCGUUUCGUGGUUAUUCAUCCUCAUCUGAAGCUGCGGCACGCCGCUUCAAGAACUUCAUAUAAACACAUGAGAGAAGAUGACAAGAUCUAGAUCGAGAUCACCACGAUGGAAGCAAAGGUCCUUAUCUCCAGCAUUUAGGAGUCCAGAGCACCACAGGCAAAGGCACGCUCAUGUUAAUUAUGACUGUGAAUAUAAAAGCUUUCGUAAGGACCUAAAGAAACCUAUGACUUGGAGAACAGAUGAUGAAAAAUAUGGACAAAGCAAUUCCAGGUUUGCACCUCAUGGAAAUAAUCACCAGAGAAUGUAUGAACGUAGAUCACCUUCACCAAACCUGAAAAGAAUUCCCAUGGAAGAUGCUUACAGUCAUAAGCCCUACAGAACACAUUCAUCGGAAAGAACUGAAGGCAAUAGGAGAUGUCAGUUACCACCAAAAUACUCAGAAAUACCAUAUAAGGAGCACAAUCGAUCAUUUUACCACUACAAAAUGGAAGAAAGAUACACGUUUGAACACUACAAAGUCACUGGAAAUGAAAAAGGAAUUAAACCUUUUCACAGACCGUUAGGGGCUUCAUGUAAAUUUGAAAGAAAAUGGCAUGAAGAUGACUUGAGGCACCAGAGAUUACAUGAAGAGAAGUAUGGUCAGUCACCCAGAAGAGUUUCUGAUGAAUUUACGUCAAGGAGCUCUUUACAGAAGAGGUAUCCUGAAGAUCACGAUUACAGAGAAUAUGGGCACACGUCUAAAAGGGCUAAAGAAAUGGAGAGAUAUGACGGUGGAGAAGUAGCAAGAAAUUCCAAGUGGAAGCAAGAGCGUUCUUUUCCACCCUACCAAGAAAAGGAGGAGCAAAGAAAUCUGGGUGCCCAGUCUCACCGAUCGACUGAAAGGGAGUACUCGGAGGGAUCUGUCACAAAGAUAGCCUAUGAAUACAAUCACAAACGGCGUAGGCACCUGGAUGGGGAAAAGUCUUUUGCAGAUGAUAGAGCUCAGAAGUACGCGAAGCAGGAAGAUCAGAAAUACGGAUCUUCUAAGGGUGCCUGGAAUAGCAAAAAGUUAGAUUACUUUAGUGGUGGAAGAGCGAGACAGACUGAAGAAGGGCAUGUUGAAGUCCCCGCUAAAUAUAGUUCAAAGAAGGGCUGCAAUGCUUGUGUUAACUCUUCUAAAAUGGAUGCUGAUGUGAGACCCUUUAAAAACAAGCAGAAGGAAAGAGUAAGGAAGGAAGGGGAACUCAGGAGAAAAGGAGAUUCUUCCAGUAGCCAGCAUGAUUCAAGUCAUACUGUUUCAGAUGUGAAAAUAUCAGAUGUCAACUGUAGGAGGGAACAUCUCACAAUCAAAGUGGAUAUGAAGAAAAUGGUGAACAGGUACAGGGCUGCUUCUAGUCAUACUACAGACAGACAGAUGUCACAUGAUCUGGUUGCUGUUGGCAGGAAAAAUGAAAGCUUUCAUCCAGUGUUUGAGCACAUGGAAUCUGUAACACGAGGUGUUGAGAGCGACCCGUCACGAGAAUUUACUCAGGAAAUCAUCACAAUUAUCCAUCAAAUUAAAGCAAAUUAUUUUACAUCAUCCGACAUAACUCUGCAUGAACGGUUCUCAAAAAUCCAGGAUAAACCAAUUCCAAAUAUGAAUGAAGUUAAAAGAAGUUUGGAUCCAGAAAUUCACAGGAGGAUUGACAUGUCUUUAGCAGAACUUCAGAACAAACGAACUGUCCCAUCUGAAUCUCCUCAGAACAUCGUAAGAGUUUUAGAAGAUCCAAAUGAUCUACGCCACGAUAUAGAAAGGAGAAGAAAAGAGAGAUUGAAGAAUGAAGAUGAGAGAGCAUUUCAUACAGAUGGUACAGCUCCAAGGAAUCAGCAAAGCUGCAGUUUUUCAAGAUUACAGAACUCUCAACUUGAAGGCUUCCAAAAGCCCAUGAGGUUCAUCAAGCCACCUUUCAGGAAAUUUAUUGGGAAACCUCACCUGAACUCUUACUAUUCUUCAAGAACAAAUGAUACGUUCCCGCAUAGACAUAUUAGAGGACGCCUUGAGAACACAGGUCCCAUCAGGAGACCCUUUAAGGAUUUUUCCUGCCCAUGCUGUUGCUGAAGCCUGCUUAAGGAAGAUGAUCUGACACUCAAGAGCCUUCCUUGGCUGAAUAUUAAAAAUAUACUAAAUUCUUCUUCCUGAUUAAUAAAAUUGAUGAAUUCUAACCAAAUAAAAAAAAAAAGAAGGGGAGUUGUUAGUAUAUGGUCUUGCAAAAAGUUUAACAUUCUGCAGAAAAAAAACACUUUAGAGCAGCAGUUUCAUAAAAGAUCUGAAGAAAUCUUACAAAGAUUAAAAGAUCUCUUCUUUAAAAAGACUUUAAACUGUUGACUGUGAUUCAUUUCAGUUGGUACAUGUAUGGUAAUUUUCUGAACUAAACUUCAUUCUGUAAUUUACACAGUCCUGUGUAUUAAUGGCUUGCUCAAUCUCCCACAUCCAGCAGCAUUAGGGAAGAGAACAGGGAGAGCGAAAGCAAGAGAACUCACGGGAUGAAAUGAAGAUCAUAGAAUGGUCUGGGUUGAAUGUGGAGGUUGGUGGCCCUGCCUGUGAAGGGGCGGAUUGGAGACUCAUGAUUCUUGAGGUCCCUUUCAACCUGGGCCGUUCCGUGAUUCUGUGAAAAUCAUCUAGUUUCAACCCUCCUGUGAUGUGCUGGGUUGCCAGCCAUGAGACCAGGCUGCCCAGAGCCACAUCCAGCCUUGCCUUGAAUGCCUCUAGGGAUGGGGCAUCCACGACCUCCUUGGGCAACCUGUUCCAGUGCGUUACCGGAGUUAAGGAAAGGAAAGGUGAAGGAAAAAGAAAUGAUGCAAAGGCAGUUGCUUACCGUAUCCCACAGGGAGACUGAUGCUCAGCCAGCCUCCAGGCAAUGGCUACCUACCCUGAAGUUCCCUCUCCUCAGUAUUAUUACUAAGCAUGAGCAUGGAAAUCCUCUGGUCAGUUUGGGUAAGUUGUUCUGACUAUAUCCAGGCUGUGUCCCCUCAUAGUGCUUGGCCUGGCCAGCUUGUUGGGAGGCAGACUGAAAGAAGAGAGAGUAGUAAUGCUGUGCAGAUACUGUUCAGCCGCAGCCAGAAACACUGCUUGUUGUCUGUACUGUGUCAGUCACCAAUUGAAAACCAUGGCCCUGUGUGGACUGCUGUGAAGAAAAUUGACUCUGCCCUACCCAGACACAGGACAGUGGUAACAUAUUAGCUCUUACACACUUCUCAGAGCUUGAAAGCCAUUGGUUCAUAGGCAGUGUGAUUAGCAUUGAUUAUAAAAUGGUCCUGAUAUAAUAUUAGAUGUCACUUCAGCUUUUUUUCCUUAGGCUGAAACGUAGUUGUUUUUCAUUCACCUUAGAUUAUCUCAUUUUACUCUCAACUGUGUGUGACUGCAGUUACCUAUGUACCAAUUAUAUGAUCUGUUAACUGUUUCUGCAUCUGAUUCUGCCCUGCUAAUAGUACCUCUGUUCCUCAUUCUCCCUGCUUGUGUAGGUGCUUGAGUUGAAACUGAAGUGUAUGUAUAAUCUCACUUUCAAUAUCUUGCACCUUUUCUUCCUUUCUUAGUUGUUCUGCUCCUUUGCUGCACGCUGUGCGAAUGCAGCAAGCAGACCUCUGAGGCCUCCUUGGUAGCCUCCUAUGUCAGAACAGAGAACUACAGCAGCUGUGGGAGAAAUGAGGACCUCUGCUGUUAACUGUAUUCAGUGGCUUAAUAUAGCACUGCAAACGCCCUUCAGCUUCCCCUGUGGUAGGCGUGUAUCUACUUAAGGAAUUUACUUGCACCUAAUUGUGUUGUUUGGACUCCGAUGCCUUUUCAGUAGAGGGGUUAGAUAGCAUUUAGUAGCCUUCUCCAAGUAUGUCCUUUGCCUACAAGCACCGUGAGAGUGACGCUAAGGAACUGAUGGGGCCAGCUUCAUGGUUAUCUCUACGUAUUAGGUGGCUGAAAUGAUUUUUUUUUUUGAAAUGACAAACUGUGUUUGCAUUGAGGAACCUCUGUUCUGUACAGUCCUUAGCUGUUCUUCAGCUAUACAGUGGAGAAACUGGUAUCAAACUUAACACAACCUCAGAGCAUGUGAUUUUUCUUGAAGUGAUCCUUACUCUGACUGACUUCACCAGAGCAAUUAGGUCAUGCUCAGGAAAGGCUCUUUUUCUGUUGUUUAAUUCUGUCUUAUACUUUAAAGCUGUUUGUAAAGCGUGACAGCUAUUUUAUAUCAAUGCAGUGUUUCCUUUUUAUGUAGGAACUUUUUUUUUUUUAUACACUCUGGAUGGGAAAAAGCUUUAAAGGGUGAACAUCUACAGGAAUUUUUUUCUGUUACUACCACAUUUCAAAACUUUAAACUGCAUUAUUGGAAAAUCAGGCAAAAUUACAAUGAACUUUUCUGAGACUUCAUAGCUUGUUCUGUUGGAGAUUGGAGUGCUUAAUUAUAAACAGAUUUUUAUUCUUUGAACUGCUGCUGUCAGUGUUGAUCUUCCUAUAUUGCUAUUUCUGUGAAUUUAUAAUUCCCUCACCAGUGAACUGUUACAUCUGUUCCCAUGCUAGGUUAGCAUACAGUAUUUCAGUCUGGGGGUGAUAAAAGAACAGAGUAAGGGAAGUAAUUCUGUGGUCCUAUGGUCUGAAGAUCUAAAUAGUCAUGCUAACUUCUACUUAGCAUAACUUUUUUUAAGUUCAACACAUUUGCCUGCUGCAGGCCUAUAUCAGUGAAUUUGGUAGCAAGCAAGGUGCUUUUUUUACUUUCUGUUGUUGAUGUUUUCCUUUUAUCAAUUUCUGUUUUUCUGUAACAGUGACAAUUUCAGAUGUUUUAAACGGCGAAUGUAAUGUGGCAGUUACUGGAUCCAGUGGUAGCUGGUGUUCUAAGGAAAGUAAGCUGUAAAUAAGGAAGAGGCUCAGUACUUGCUAUUGCAUAUUCUUGUUCAAUACUGUCGGUUUUGUGUGUAUAUAUGACUGUAAAUGCCAGCUAUUGAGUUUUGGUGCCCUUCUUCCUUCCCUUUCCCUACCG